GAAUAAUUGAAUACUAUAUACUACAUACUAAAUACCGUGGCAGAAUUGGCUAUAACUCUCAGUUAGAGGAAUUAUGCAUUCGCGUGGCACCCUCUUACCUCCACGAAUGCCAUCACAGCUGGAUGAAGGAUGUUAUUUCCGAGUGGCGUGCAACCGGGGUUUUGACUCGUGAUGAAAUAAAGAAUCUCCAUACGUUCGGAUCAGCCGGUAAGUCCUCGUCCCGCCUACGAUAGACAGCUUGCUUCCUGACUUUCUACAGCGAACACAUUCACCGAAGGCCCAUACGCAGGGUCCAUCAAGGAGCCCGACUACCAAAUCCAACCGGAUAGACUCCUCAAGCCAACCGUUGUCAUCGAAGCAGGGUGGUCAGAGUCCGACCGCAGGUUGAUAGAGGAUAUGAACCUUUGGCUAGUCGGCGGCAACGGGGAUGUGAACGCCGUGAUUCUCUUGAUAUGGGCACUCGAAGAACAGGGGUCUUCAAACCGAGUGGGAGGCUCAGCUGAGGUUUAUGUUCGAGAUCGCCAGGGAAUGCCAGUGCUUCAGCAACGGGUGCAAAUCUUUCCUGUUUCGAAGCACCAAAGCUUGCAGAUUAGUCGCCGAUUGCUGUUUGGGAGAACUGUAUUUCCAGGCAGGAAUCCGGAUGAGUUGUUGGAUCUCGACUUGCCGGGAUUGAGAGAGGUAGCCAAAAUUUGCAUGGAAUUUAUGGGUCUGGUUCCUGCAUGACUUGCUUUGCAAGACGUCUGGGUGCAACUCGUGGUCAAAUACAUAAAGCGAGAUAUCGAGCUGGUACCAGGAAGCUAGUCGCUCUCUGCGUUUUCGACAUGGUAGUGGCUGGCACACUUUGAUAGGAUUUAGGGGGCUUGUACCAUGGUCCAGUCAAUUGCCUCCGAAAGAUCGAAACAAACUAAUGAAUGAUUGAUGUUGAAGCGGAAGUAUGACAGACUAAAACAGGAAUCGGAAGCAAAAGAUACCAGAUCCAGAAGCUCAAGGAUGCAGCCGAACAAAGUCGACCAUCUAACCUCCGCAAUAUGAUCGAACAGAGCGAUGAUGAAGUUUAGUCUCGAGUGUUUGUCUUAGCGGAACAUAGCUAAUCAAAGCUGAUGCAUGGUCAAGUAGCU